GGGUGGGGGGCCGGUCUCCGGCCGCAGCGCCGCCGCCAUCACGGACUUCCUGUGGGACAAGCGCACGGGCCUCGCAGCCAGAACGAUGCCUCACCCCCGAAGAUACCACUCUUCAGAGCGGGGCAGCCGGGGCAGCUACCAUGAACAUUACCGCAGUCGAAAACAUAAGCGACGGAGAAGCCGCUCUUGGUCUAGCAGCAGUGACCGGACUCGGCGGCGCCGACGAGAAGACAGCUAUCACGUCCGUUCUAGGAGCUAUGAUGACCACUCUUCUGACCGGCGGGCCUAUGACCGACGAUACUGUGCCAGCUAUAGGCGUGACUACAGCCGGGAACGAGGGGAACCUUAUUAUGAAGCUGAGUAUCGACAUUCCUAUGAGUACCAUCGAGAUGACAGCUACCGCAGCCAACGAAGUAGCCGUAGGAAACACAGGCGGCGGAGACGACAUAGCCGGACAUUCAGCCAUUCGUCUUCGCAGCACAGCAGCCGGAGAGCCAAGAGUGUGGAGGACGACGCUGAGGGUCACCUCAUCUACCACGUCGGGGACUGGCUACAAGAGCGAUAUGAGAUUGUGAGCACUCUAGGAGAGGGGACCUUUGGCCGUGUUGUACAGUGUGUGGAUCAUCGAAGGGGUGGAGCUCGGGUUGCCCUAAAGAUCAUUAAGAAUGUGGAAAAGUACAAAGAGGCAGCACGACUGGAAAUCAAUGUGCUGGAGAAGAUCAAUGAAAAGGACCCAGACAAUAAGAACCUGUGUGUCCAGAUGUUUGACUGGUUUGACUACCAUGGCCACAUGUGUAUCUCCUUCGAGCUCCUGGGCCUCAGCACUUUCGACUUCCUCAAAGACAACAACUACCUGCCCUACCCCAUCCACCAAGUGCGCCACAUGGCCUUCCAGCUGUGUCAGGCCGUCAAGUUCCUCCAUGACAACAAGCUGACACAUACGGACCUCAAGCCAGAAAACAUCCUGUUUGUGAAUUCGGACUAUGAGCUCACCUACAACCUGGAGAAGAAACGGGAUGAACGGAGUGUGAAGAAUACAGCAGUACGGGUAGUGGAUUUUGGCAGUGCCACUUUUGACCACGAACACCAUAGCACCAUUGUUUCCACUCGACAUUACCGAGCUCCAGAAGUCAUCUUGGAGCUCGGCUGGACACAGCCCUGUGACGUGUGGAGCAUCGGCUGCAUCAUCUUCGAGUACUACGUUGGCUUCACCUUGUUCCAGACUCAUGACAACCGAGAACACUUAGCCAUGAUGGAAAGGAUCCUGGGGCCUAUUCCCUCUCGAAUGAUCAGAAAGACCAGGAAGCAGAAGUAUUUUUACCGGGGUCGACUGGAUUGGGAUGAGAACACAUCGGCUGGCCGUUAUGUACGAGAGAAUUGCAAACCUCUGCGGCGAUACCUGACAUCGGAGGCAGAUGAACACCACCAGCUAUUUGACCUGAUUGAGAGCAUGCUAGAAUAUGAACCUGCCAAGCGACUGACCCUGGGCGAAGCCCUUCAGCAUCCUUUCUUUGCCCGCCUUAGGGCUGAACCACCAAGCGCUAAGGUGUGGGACUCCAGUCGGGAUAUCAGCCGGUGACAACUGGGCCUGGGGCCCCUUAUUGUCUCUUAUGGCAAUGAGUGGCCGAUCUGGGACACUGGUGCUUUUUUAUACAAAAGAAUGGAGCAGGAGCAUAACUUCCCUCACCUUCCUCCUGGCUCCUUUAUAAACCUGUGAAUAUGUGAGAUAGUGUAAAUACAGCAGAGCUCUCUGGCCUUUAUUCCCUUUUCCCAUUGAAGCCCUGUAUAUAAAAGCUAUCCCUUCAACACCCUCUCAGGCCUUCAUUUGCUCUUUCCAGCAGUGCUGGAGGGGGCAUGAGGUGGUGAGGUAGCACCUACCCUAUGUUUUAUAAGGAAUUUUGUACAGUCUUUGUGAAAUAAAUAUGACGUGCUUCAACUGA